AUGUGUCCCUCCUGUCAAGCUCGUCUCCUCGUCAUGCGCGACCUCGAGCAGCAGCUGGCCAGCAGGAGGAGUGGGCGCAACCUGUCACGGGACCUUCUCCUCAUCCAGCAGAGCCGUUCGCAUCCCACCGGCAUCGGCCUGACCUUUCACCGACGUUUCGAUCUCCUCCUCGCACACUACCUCUUCGGGCUGGAGGAGGAGGAGGAGGAGGAGGAGGAGGAAGGGAGGAGCCAAGUGGAGGCGUUGCUCUCAGCUGGAGAGCUCAGUUGCUGCUAUGACCGCAGCAAGUGCAUCCUUGACCUCUCCCUCGACACCUCCACCAUGAAGUGGAACGUGUCAAGGGACCUCCGCCUCCGGCGACUCCCCAGCUGGGCCGCAAACUUGUCGGUCCCAGUCCGCGUGCUGGACGUGUCCGGGAACCCCUCACUCCUCAGCCUCCCCGUGGACGACCUUCAGAGCAAGAAUCCUCUCCUCGAAGCGCUCAUCUGCAACCGAUGCCCCUCCCUCAGCCUGCCGCCCCCCGAGAUCGCCGACCAGGGAGGAGAGGCUGCGCUCAAGUACCUGCAGCGGGUGCAGGAGGCGAGCAUACAGAACAAGCACAUGCACCUGAUCCUCAUUGGCAAUGGAGAGGCCGGCAAGACGAGCGUCCUUCACGCCCUCCAGUCCGCUGAGAGCAGAGCUGGGAAGAUCGACGAGGACACGGGCCGUACCAUAGGCAUCGACCUGAAGCACUGGAGUCUGGAGGAGGAGGAGGACGGGCUGACGUUUGACGUGAUGGACUUCGGAGGGCAGGCGGUGUAUACCAAGACAAACUUGUACUUCCUAGUCCGACGGGCCCUCUACCUCCUCGUGUGGAACGUGAGGUCGCAGGCUCCCGGGCAGGGAGAGGGGGAGAGGAUGAGAAUGGGAGAAGAGCUGGAGACUAGCGUAUCCCUGUGGCUGCGAGCGAUCCAGGCGAGAGUGCCGGGAGCGAAUAUCCUGCUGGUGGCCACCCAUGUGGACUUGGGGACGAGGGAGGAGGUGGAGGAGCAGUGCGAGGCGGUGAGGCGAUGCGUGUUGGAGGAGAAGAGGCUGAUGGCGAGGCACGAGGUCGAGACCAUCCUCCCGCUCAACGUCAUCAACGAGGGGGAGAGCAUGCGGGUCAGCUCGGUGACGGGGGAAGGGGUGGCGGAGCUGCGAGCCGCGAUCUGCAGGGUGGCGAAAGGGCUGCUGUGGUGGAAGGAGAGGAUUCCAAGGAGCUUCUUGCAGCUGAAGGAGGCGGUGACGAGGAGGGCGCAGGAGGAUCGCUCCUCCAUCGACCUGCGGGAGUACAGGGAGAUGAUGGAGGGAGCAGAGCUGGACAGAGACGAGAUGGUCGUUGCCACCACCUUCCUGCAUGAGACGGGCGUGCUGAAGUACUUCGGCAAGGCGCUGAGGAGGACGAUCGAGCAGGAGGAGGUGGAGAGGAGGGAGAGGUACUCGUUUGAGGACACGGUCUUCAUCGAUCCCUUCUGGAUCGUCGAAGUCUUCAAGGGCAUCUUGCGGCACGAGUGGCAAGCUCUGAUCGACUUCUUCCAGCAGGAUCCCAGCAGGUCGAAGAUGGUGAAGAGAAUGCUUCACCUGGGCGUUAUCCACGAGUUUCUCUUCCCCUUCCUCUGGCCCCAGCACCCGCACCAGCUGGGAGGAGACUUUUGGAAGCUCAGCACUGAGCCGAGCAGGCGCAUAGACACAGAGAAAGCUGUCGCCCUCCUGCGUGGUUGCGAUCUUGCCCACUUCCUCCCUACUCCCACUCAUCUCCUGCACGACAAGCAGCUUGCAGACUCUUCUUCUUCCUCGUCCCCCCCCCCCUCCUCGUUGAGGAAGGAGCUUCUGUGCCCUGGCAUCAUCCCACACUUCGUGCGGGAGCACAGGUAUCCCAUCCAAGAAGCGACGAGCUUGCACCUGUGCAUGCGGAUCGUAUACAGCUCGCUGCCUCCUGGCUUCGUUGACCGCCUCAUCGUCAAGUGCGCUUCGAGGUACAAGGACGUCGACUGUAGCGCCUCCAUGGCGGCGUUCUUCGGCUGGGGGAGAGUGCUCCUCUUGCGCUGGGAGGAGGAGAGGAGCAGCAGCUCGCUCGUCGCGCACGCAUCAACGGAGCAGAUGCUGAGCAAUCUUGACAAGGACGUGACGUCACUGGAGGCGUUCUUUCCCGGGCUGAAGCGAUUCAAACGAGAGGUCACAGGGAAGGAGGACGGCGACUUUGAGCUGGUCCAGGUUGGAAUCUUCUGCCAGGGUGAAGAGAGCAAGAGACUGGCGGACGAGCUUCGUUCUGAGCUUCUGCUGCGAUAUGCCAAAGAGCACGGGACCCCCGCCAGGGUCGUUCCAACGUUCUCUUACACUCAGUCUUCCGCUUCCUCCGUCGCAUUCUUCUCUGGUGAAGUCCUGGAGCUCAGCACACUCACGCGUGUGGUCAAGGAUGCAAAUGAGCAGGGGGAGGAGGAGAGGGAGGAGGAGGAGGAGGAGGGCAGGGAGGAGGAAGAUUUCAGAGAUUGUAUCGUGCACAUCUUGCUGAUCUCCAAAGGAUGUCUGAGGUCGAGCGAUGGGGAGGAGUCUGCCUUCUUGAACUUGUGGAACAGCCUGACUGCGAAGAGAGCAGCGAUCGUUCCCGUUGUGCUGCAAGACUAUGUCGAGGACAUCCGAGACUUCACUCGGUGGUGGCCGGAGGGAGUGAGUGGGAUGGAAAGAUAUCGAAUCUUUCAUAGUUUCUCGCGCUCCGAUGAGUCGAUGAACAAGUUGUAUCAGACUGUCAUGAACAAGUUGGACCUGUGGAGAGGAAGGAGCACUGAAGAAACAAUCUGCGUCAACGACCAGAACCGUCUCAAGUGCAAGGAGUGCUUCAGGUCGUUGGAUGACAUGUCGGAGAUUGGGGAGUUCGAACUUCCUGACGACAUCUUGGAGGUAGAAGGCGCAAUGGAGACAGUGUUGAGCUGCAGCAAGCGCGGUCACUUGUCAACCCUCGCUGACGUCAUUGACUUCAACAACUCCUGUGCUCCUUGUCCUCUGUGCGUCAAGCACAACCGGGUUCCCUUCUUCUUCAACAGGAUGGAGUGUAUCAGCAAGCUCUACGGCGACCUGACCGCCUGCGUGACAUGCGGGGAGUGUGCAGGAUCGAUCAACGUUGUCGACAUUACCCCUCCUCAAGUCUUUAUCAGCUACCAGUGGGGCCACGGAGGCGUCACGCAGACGCUGGCACGGCAGGCAAAGCGCUUCAUCGAGACGAGGACGGAGCUCUUGUGCUGGCUGGACGUGGAGGGAGGGAUCCUGUGCGGGGAGGAUCAUAUCAUGAAGAUGAAGCUCGGGGUAGAGCGAUGCGACGUCUUCAUUGCCUUUAUGAGCGACAAGUACGUCAAGAGCGAGAACUGCAGGAGGGAGUUCGCGCAAGCCUGUGAAGCCAACAAGUUCAUCAUCCCAGUGAUGGUGCCGAUCCUCUUCGAUGAGAGGAGUGACAGCGACGAGCUGAGAGAGUCAGAGUCGGGCUGGAAGGGGGAGACGGCGACUGACGAUUGGUGGAAGCGAAUCUCAGCCAUGGAAGGGACGCGAGAGGUGGAGGUCAGGUGGAGCCACCUGGCGUCAUUCCAGAGGAGGGUAGAGCUGAGGGCGGAGAAGCAAGAGGAGGGAGGGGAGGUCAGGGCGGACGAGUCUUGCCUCGACCUGCUCCUCGCCAUCCUCCAGUCUCGAAUCUACCGAGGCAACUUCGUGAACCACGUGGCCAAGAGCCCUCUCAAGUCGCUGCCAGGAGGGUCAGGCAAGAGUGUCCUAGCUAAGAAGCUGAGCGUACGAGUCGACGAGGACAGGAGGGAGAGGAUGUUGACUAGGAAGAAGUCAAGGCACAAGAAGGUGGCGUUCGUCCCCGACCCGACCAUGUUCGAGUUCCAGAGGAUCGACAAGCAAGGGCAAGGGAGGCUCUCCUGCGAUGUGCUCUUCGAGGGCCUCCUGCAUCGCUGGGACCAGGACGAGCUCAGCAUGCUCUUUGACGCCAUGGUCGUCAGCCGAGACGGUUCCGUGACCCUCGACGAGUUCCUGCGGGCUGUGCAGAAACUUCCGCAGACUCCCCGACUGUAG